GAUGCGAAACGUGCUCCUCUGGACGCUAUUUGUGGCCAUUUCAACAUCGGCCGCUGUGCUAGAUAACUUCAUUUCUGACACAGGUUCGUGUCGAUUGGACGAUGAAUUGAUUCGGGAAAUUCGCGGUUACCAACCGGUCGUGGAUAUGAUUAUUCAUGAAAUCGUGAGUGGUCGAUUUGUUGGCAAAACAUGGGAGAGUCUGGCGGAGUUAACUGACCAGUUUGGACCUCGUAUGUCCGGAACUGAGCAGCUGGAGAAUGCAAUUGAUUAUACAGUUGAUCGGAUGAAUUAUGACGGGCUUGAAAAUGUUCACACAGAGGACGCUCCCGUGCCGCACUGGAUUCGUGGUUUUGAGCACGCUGAAAUGAUUGAACCAUUCAAGAAACGACUACCUAUUCUCGGAUUGGGAUCAACAGUUGGUACACCUGAGGGUGGGAUAACUGCAGAGGUGGUCGUUGUAGAAUCCUUCGAAGAGUUGGCUGCGUUGCCUAAUGCAGUGGUAGAGGGGAAAAUAGUGGUAUUUGUUCCAGAGUGGGUUAGCUACGGGGUGACAGGUAAGUAUCGUGGUGAUGGCGCCUCAGCAGCUGCUAAGAAAGGUGCUGUAGCAAGUUUAAUCAGAUCGAUCACACCGUUUUCAAUCGGUUCUCCACAUACUGGCUGGCAAUACUAUGAGGAGGGUGUGAUAAAAAUCCCAACGGCUUGUAUAACCGCGGAAGAUGCAGAUAUGCUAUUACGAAAAUACCGUCGAGGAGAGCUGCUCAAAAUUCACUUGGUGCUGGAGGAUUAUAACUUCGAUCCUUUCAUAUCCCGAAAUGUUAUUGGAGAGCUUACAGGAACUGUUUAUAGGAAUACGUCGGUUGUGGUUGUUUCGGGGCAUUUGGAUAGUUGGGAUGUUGGCGUAGGUGCAAUGGACGACGGUGGAGGGGUUCUGAUUUCUUGGAAGGCAUUGGCGUUUUUAAAAGCUAUGGGUUUGAGACCGAGACGAACGAUUCGGUCCAUCUUAUGGACCGGGGAAGAGCAAGGACUGUAGGGUGGCAAACAGUACUAUGAGGAUCACAAAGUGCAGGGAGCGGAGGAGUUUAACUUAUUCUUAGAAUCCGAUAGUGGAACUUUUAAUCCUACUGGGUUCGAUUUUGUAGGUAACGAGGAGGCUUCAUGCAUUUUCCAGGAAAUUGUCAAACUGAUGGCGCCACUUAACUCUACCGAAUUCAGAGCUACGACUAACGCUGGCCCUGAUAUCUCCUACUGGAUCGGAGAUGGAUUUCCUGCGGCAGCCCUUAUCAAUGACAACGAGCGAUAUUUCUGGUUCCAUCACUCGGAAGGCGAUAGUAUGCGUGUGGAGAGCUCUGAAAAUUUGGAUAAAUGUGCUGCACUCUGGGCUGCUGCAGCAUAUGUGGUGGCUGAUUUAAGUAUAUCGAUACCAAGGACCACUGGCAGAAAUCCAAGAACAUGAUAUAAAAGGUGCAACCUAAAUAAUUGUUAAUGUAAUGUAUGAUCCGCAUUAAUAAACUUUUUCCGUUGAAUUUAUUUUUCUUUAUUUUUUUUCUUUCAAGCACUCAAAAAUUUCAAUUAUUCGAUCACUCUGAAACUCCAACUUUCAGCUAAGGCCCGGAAGCUGAAUACCAUAUACCAUUCGGCUCAGUUUGUCGAGAUUAGAAAAACCCUGUGAUUUGCACAAAUUAACGGCCCUAUUCUGCGCGGCGUGUGAUGUGAGACGACUAGUCUCACCUCACUUCACGUGACUUUUCUCACCCUAUUCUGAGAGUCGACUCGGGUAAGGUGAGAUUCCCCAUUGCAGUUAAAUGGGCGUCCCACGUUACCUGAACUGACUCUUCAGAAUUAGGUGAGAAAAGUCACGUAGAGUGAGGUGAGAUUAGUCGUCUCACGUCACACGCCGCGCGGAAUAGGGCCGUAAGUGAACGAUAUAAUCACAGACAGGAAUGCCACAUGUUUUUAGAGAAAAUUCUGUAAAAGAAUAUUUAAAAACUCAUGUUCGAAUACAGUCAUACUGGCGCAAUUUUGCUGAACAAUCUAUAAACUAUAUAUCAAGUCUGUAGAUGUCUAUGUCCGGCAGCAUGUCUGUAAGAGACUGUUAAAAGUCUGUAAAAUACAGAUAUGUCUGCAAAUCUGGCAUCGCUGCCACAGACAGCCCAACGCAAAUGUACCAUAUUAAAUAAACGAACUGAAUAAAACAA